GGAAAAACUAGACUGCGGAUUAAGGAUUUGUAAUGCGAACCUAUUGAAUUUGAACUAGUUUUAGUUGGUGUUCGAUUAUGAUCUCGGUAUGCUUGCGGUUGAGAAUUAACCUCUCCAUUUCGAAACUAGAUCCUUCAAUUGGUGGAGAACCUGGGCAUAGUUCGACUCAGAUGCAACGCGUAGCCUUACCGUUUUAGCUAGAUACCCCACCACUAUGACCCCGAGCAGAAUGCUGAAGGAAAAGCCGCACCGCAGAAGCAGGGAAGACCGCCGCAAAGAAACCGCAAAACAACCAGAACAGGAAGAAAGAAGGCUUGCUAUAGGGUCUAUAGCAACAGACGAGAACUCACCUGGACCGCAGGCGAAGUAGAAAACAGUGGAGAUGUACGAACCACGCACGACGUGGGGUGUUGAUGGAGUACGACCGCGCGAAAUUGAUUUGGACGGGGAAAUGCUGCAACAGGAUAGAUUGGAAACCGACAAGACCAGUCCCAGAACCGGAGGCCGCUUUCGUUAUUUCUAGCACUACACGGGAAAGAUUUGUUACACGGGAUUUGUUUUUAGACCACGGGAUAUAUUUGUUUAACGAGACCUCAGUCGCGCUACAGAGUUCGCGGGAACUAGUUCGACAAACGACGCGGCUGGGGUACGUUCCAAGAUUUGUUUACGGAUACGGGUUUUAUUUGGGUUCACGAUUUACGGACUCCUUACCGGCCACCGACACGACGCGCGCGCGGUUUUCCUUGUCGCAGCGGCAAAGCUUCUUUGCGUGUCUUGCAUUCAUUUUCUCGUGCAUCAGUCGUGUACAGUAGCUAGAUUGACAUUGUAUAAUUUCUCCCCUUUUGCUGUUCCUCGCGCAGUUCAUGAGUCGCCUUUCUUCAACUGGAAAAUGAAAAAAUUCGCGGCCAGGAAAAUCAACAAUGGUUUUCAAUUUUUAUGCAAGACAAAUGUCCGUCGAAGUUGUGAUGCUGUUUUUCAUAUACAGUAACAAAGGCAC